AGACCAUGAGUGUGUGUGUGUGUGUGUGUGUGUGUGUGGAGGAGCUUCAGUGAACAGGUGCAGUGGAGAGAGCACGAUGGGAUUCUCAGAGUUGCUGCACACCAUUGGCGGCAUGGGGAACUUCCAAAUCCUCCAAACUGCUCUCAUUAUGUUCCCUACCAUCCUGAUCACUUGUCACAACUUCCUGCAGAACUUCACAGCCAUGACCCCAGAGCACCACUGCCGGCCGGUCAACUGGACCAACGGGUCUCAGGUCCCGGGUGGUGUCCGAGAUGGGGAUUUGCUAAGAGUCUUCAUCCCACUGGACAAGGACCAGAAGCCUGAGCGUUGCCUGAGGUUCUCCGAGCCUCACUGGCAGAUCUUAAACCUCAAUGGCACCUCGUCUUUGAACUUGGACACCGAGGGCUGCCUGGAUGGGUGGGUGUAUGACCAAAGUGUUGACUCCUCCAUCGUUUCUGAGUGGGACCUGGUGUGCGACCACAAGUCACUGAAGUCCAUUGCUCAGUCCAUAUACAUGACGGGACAGCUGGUGGGAGCUAUUAUCUUUGGCAUCUUCUCUGACAGGUACGGGCGCAAGAGGGUGCUGCAGAGCGCGACAGUGCAGAUGAUCGCUGUGGGCCUGGGCGCCGCCUGCGCGCCCGGCUUCCCCGCCUACUGCGCCUUCAGGUUCCUCAGCGGGAUGGCGAUGACCGGCAUCAUCGUGGCCAGCCUCUGCCUCACCAUGGAGUGGACCCCGACGCAGAGGCGGACGCUGGUCAAUACCUACGCUAUGUAUAUGAUCACACUGGGCCAGGUGAUCCUCUCCGGCCUGGCCUACUUCAUCCGGCAAUGGCGCUGGCUACAGGGCACAGUCUCUGUCACCUACGUGAUUAUUCUUCUGUAUUCGUGGGGCCUGCCGGAAUCGGCUUGCUGGCUCGUCACCCACAACAAACUUGACAUGGCUGUGAAAAAUCUGCGGGCUGUGGCAAGAUUAAAUGGCAGAAAGGAGCAGGGGAGGAAGCUCACUCCAGAGGUGGUAAGCUUCCACAUGCAGGAGGACACAGCUGCUGUGAAGGAGUCUCCAUUCUUCUUAGAUCUCUUCCGCACUCCAGGACUCUGCAAAGUUACUUGCUGUAUUGCCCUGGGAUGGUUUUCUGCAGGCUUUUCCUUCUAUGGGCUGGCCUUAGAUUUGCAGAAAUUUGGGUUCAACAUCUACGGGGUACAAAUGCUGUUUACAGUCAUGGAUUUACCCACAAAGCUGCUGGCAGGCCUGAGUAUGGGCUACUUUGGCCGCCGAAUCACUGUUGUCUCCCUGUUGUUGUUGGCCAGUUGCAUGAUCCUUGUCACCACAUUUGUUCCUCAAGACAUGAAUACCUUUCAGAUGAUCCUCUGUUUAUUUGGAAAAGGGAGCCUGGCUGGCUGUUUUUCUUGUCUCUACCUAUACACCAUGGAGCUCUUCCCUACUGAAAUCAGGCAGAUAGGGAUGAGUGCCGGGAUCUUCAGCACACGCCUGGGCUCCCUCUUGGCUCCCCUCAUCUACAUCCUAGGAAGCCAUAGCCCAGUGCUACAGCCUGUGAUGUUUGGUCUCAUGCCUAUCCUGGCAGCUAUAGCAGCCUCCUUCCUGACAGAGACUAACAACCAGCCAUUGCUGGACACCAUCCAGGAGACAGAGAAGAGAAUGAAGAUGGCUCAUGACAAAAAAAGAAACAUCAGUGAAAAUACCACAAAGAAUGGAUUGGUCUCACUUCUAUCAGAAAUGACAAAAGUAGAAGGCACAGUGUGAUUUCUUUGGACCCACAACUAUAUUCUGAAUGGCCCUGCCUCCCUUCACAACUUUCUCACAUUUUGAAACGUGAGGGAUCUUGCCAAGGAAAUGCUAUGGCACCUCACUUGACCGUCUAAUGGAAAAGCAACAAUAGUGUUGUGAUAUGGAAAUAUUAUAAGGCAAAUGAAUCACUUGACUUAUAAACCAACUGAGAAAAGACAUGUAUUGGACAAUCAGUGACAUUUGAAUAUAAAGAAUGAGUUUUAAAUAAAUAUUAAGGAAUCUGUUGAUUUUGUUAAGUUGGCAGUGGCAUUGGGUUAUAUAAGCCAGUGUCCCUUUAAAUAGAAGAAGAAGAAGAAGAAGAAGAAGAAGAAGAAGAAGGAGGAGGAGGAG